AUGUCAGCUACCGCUCCCAAGAUCAUCACGAUAGGGUAUGCCCACGAAGCCCUGGACAGGUUUGUAGAACAAAAGGUCAACAAAAUCGGGAGGAACCUGGAAAUUCUGCGGAAGGAACCUCCUGUCAGAAACAUCAAUCUUCGCAAAGACAUCGGGUCGGUAAACUUGGCGGUGGGCGGGAACCUAGAAGCCGUGUUUGUACAGCUCAAUGGUAAACAGGCUACAGCGGAAUGUGACGUGUGCAAGAAGAGUCUAGGACCAUUUGUCGGUUGUGUUCAACACCCGAGUGUUGGCGAUGGUUCAUGUGCAAAUUGCCUGUAUAGGCGUCAGGGACUCAAAUGUACACAUCGUGUUUCGAUGGACAUCGACAGUGACGACCUCCCGCUCAUUCAAAGUCGCAAGACGCAGGACCCCAAUGUACACCCGCCACCUUGCACCAAGAAGAAUGUCAAAAAGCAAAGAAGGACCAUCGAAACUGAGACGGCUAGUCAUACUGAGGCAGAGCCGCCAAUUCAUGGCCCCGGCACAGCGCUUGGUUCGGCUGCAGACCACUGGCUAAAAAGUCUAGCCUUCAGCAAGUACGCUUCCCCAGCUCCCACUCAAGGAGAAAAAGCGAACAACGACUAUGCGCCUAACCCGGGACACUUCGAAAACGGGAACUAUACGUCUAGCUCUGGACUCCUCGAGAACAACAACUACACUCUGAGCCAAGCACCUGCGGUCAUGGGAGGCAACGACUACGCCCCCAGCCCGAUGCCGUUCAAAGGAACCAUGAAUGACAUUCUCGACCACGAUGCCAGCAAGCCGAUGCUUGCGUACCUGCCCAAAAAUGUUUCCCCCGAGGUGUUGCGCUCCAUAGCUCAAUACCACCAGGACCUUGCGGACGACCUCCGCAUGGAAGCCAAGAGGCUUGAGAAGGAGAUGCGACAAGAGCGCGAGCGUGAGCGUGAGCGUGAGUGGGGAGCACGGGCUGUCAGACAAGCGCAAUAUGAAUGAAUGAGUGUUCCGAUCCGCCGGUCGAUCCUCGUCAUCCAGGAGUUCGAAGAAGUCUCCCGUUUUCUUUGAUUAUUCGCUUUUCUUUUUUUCCCUCUUACUGGCUGGUUUGCAUUAGCGGGCGUGAAUGAGGUAUACCCCAUGGCGGCCUUGAAGGAAGGCAAUGGUUUUGACAUCUGGAAGGCGUUAUGAAAGACUGAUGUAGGACAACAUGUAGACGAUGAGAAAAGCCCGUCUUGGUUUUGGGAAGGUUCUAGAAAGUCGGAAACUGUCCCGUGGCUCCAUAGGUCCAUAGUAGGCAUGGUGGUAGCACUCCAGGACAUUUUGUCAACUGUGAUAUCUACAAAAAAGAACCAAGAGAUCUGAUUAUCUGUCUUGUCACUCGAAC